UUUCCUAAUUCCCUUUGGGAAACAAUGGGAACUGAGGUGAAUGAUGGUAGCUUCACUCUGAACUCAGGAGGAAAAAGGUUCCUUUGUCAAUACUCUGAUUAGGUGUUCUUUGGGAACUUGAUAGUUCUACUUUUAGAUCAAGUAAUGCAGAGGCCUGUAGCCCAGUCCUCCAAAGUGAAUCUGUUAAAGGGCAUCUGAAGCGCCAAACAAAAGCACAAACUACUGAUCGAGAAGCAUCCUGACAAACUACAUCACAAUGUGGUAGCUGCACCAUAACUUACAGGAAAGCUCUGCACCAAGUGGUAAAGGGCAAGGCCGCAACAGUGGCAGGCAGGAAUUGAACCCACAACUUGUUCUGGCUACUGCUAGCCUCCUUAGCAACUGUCUACCUCAGGUCUCAGUGGCCCUUACAACUUUGCACUCGUCAUUUAUUACAUAUUUAUCAAACUAUUUAUAUGCCCUGUAAAUAUUACAGCUCUUCAUCUACUACAUGUAGCCCUGAAGGUGCCCUUGGAUCUCUGGCACCAGGACACGAGCAGCAGAUCCUUUAAGUCCGGCAAGUUGGGAGACGGGGCCAGUAUGGAUAAGACUUGGUGUUCUAUGCAUCCUGGUACUGUGUAUCUUCCCAUCCACAUGUUCUAUCCUGGUACUGUGUAUCUUCCCAUCCACAUGUUCUAUGCAUCCUGGUACUGUGUAUCUUCCCAUCCACAUGUUCUAUCCUGGUACUGUGUAUCUUCCCAUCCACAUGUUCUAUCCUGGUACUGUGUAUCUUCCCAUCCACAUGUUCUAUGGUACUGUGUAUCUUCCCAUCCACAUGUUCUAUGUAUCCUGGUACUGUGUAUCUUCCCAUCCACAUGUUCUAUGGUACUGUGUAUCUUCCCAUCCACAUGAUAUGAAACAAAAUGGGACGAGUUUAGGUGACCUUCUGUCCCGAGUUCCAGUUUUGACCAGAGGCAUCCCAGCCAGGUGACUUUUUUGAGGAGGCUUCAACUGAGUCAACUGAACCUGAGGCAAAGUUUAGUCCUUGUCAAAGUUGUUCAGGUCUACAAUUUCUCCAGCAUUCGGCAAUGUUGUUGCGCUAAUCAGACAUUACCCAGCCUUAACAAUUACUAAAAUAGCAAUACAACACACUUUUCAUCCUUUUCUCAUGUAAAUCACAUAUCUUCUGCUCUCUGAUCUCUUGCUACUUGUACUUGUCUUUGCAAAAGGGAACAUUCUAAAAAUGAAUUUUGUUGUUUGAUGAUAGUGAAUUUCCUACUGGUAUCUGUUGUGGAAAUGCUUGUUUAGUGACUCUUUGUGUCUGUCGACAGGCCCAUCCCUUCCGGAACAAUCAACUUUGCAGCAGUUCUCUAGAAGCCCCUUAGUGGAAGGCACAGCCAUGCGUCAGAAGGGGAUCUGGGACAACCUCUUUCUGAGAGGUUAGAAGGUCAGCACUUGUGGUGUUGGACAAAGGAUAUCGGCCAAGUCCACCAGACGGAAAGGAAAUGGCGGAGCGCUACGACUGCCACUACUGCAAGGAGUCCCUGUUUGGGAAGAAGUAUGUGUUGCGUGAAGAGAACCCAUACUGCACCAAGUGCUACGAGAGCCUUUACUCCAACUCCUGUGAGGAUUGCAAGAAGCCCAUCGGCUGCAACAGCAGGGAUUUGUCCUACAAGGACCGCCACUGGCAUGAGGACUGUUUCCACUGUUUCAAGUGCAACCGCUCCCUGAUGGACAAGCCCUUCUCCACCAAAGACGAGCAGCUCCUAUGCACAGAGUGCUACUCCAACGAGUACUCCUCCAAAUGCCACGACUGCAAGAAGACCAUCAUGCCAGGCUCUCGGAAGAUGGAGCAUAAAGGCAACAGCUGGCAUGAAACCUGCUUCACCUGCCAGCGCUGCCAGCAGCCGAUUGGCACCAAGAGCUUCAUCCCAAAGGAGAGCCACAACUACUGUGUCCCCUGCUACGAGAAGCAGUUCGCCAUGCAGUGUGUGCAGUGCAAAAAGCCUAUCACCACUGGUGGAGUGACCUAUCGUGAGCAGCCAUGGCAUAAAGACUGCUUCCUGUGCACUGGCUGUAAGCAGCAGCUGUCUGGCCAGCGGUUCACCUCCCGUGAUGACUUUGCCUACUGCCUCAACUGCUUCUGCAGCCUGUAUGCCAAGAAGUGUGCCUCCUGUACAGCACCUAUCAGCGGUCUCGGUGGGAGUAAGUACAUCUCCUUUGAGGAGCGCCAGUGGCACAACGACUGCUUCAACUGCAAGAAGUGCUCAGUGUCCCUGGUUGGGCGUGGCUUUCUGACGGAGAGAGAUAAUAUCCUGUGUCCAGAAUGUGGCAAAGACAUCUGAUGACGGGCGGAGAGGUCCAGAAGGAUGGAUAUUCCAAAAGCACCGACUGAAUGCUUAGCACUCUCUGACAAUCAUGCUCGAAAUGUUUAAAGCACAUUUAAAUGAAGGUUUUCAACAGCUUAUUUCAAUUCACUAACAGGUUUAUUGGGUGGAUGAGUAUUAUUAAAAUCUAAUUUAUGUUGUGAGUUUUGAUGAUUAAGAGGGUUUUUCUGCAUGCAAAGCCUCCGAUGACUGAACUCUAUGAAGAAAUGUUACAUUCACUGCACUAUACUGAUAAAGAUGUAUUUGUCUGCUAAAAUGUAUACAAUAUUUUAAAGAGUGUAUCUAAUUGUGUGGUUUGCUUACUGGACUUGCCUGAUUUAGUUGGGCUAAUUUAUUUGUUAUGAGGUAUAUUACUAACACAACUUGUACCUGUAAGGAGUUGACACAAGUCAAAUAGAAAAUCAAUGUGUGCUUUGUCAAUAAAUAAUUUUCAAAAUGC